AGCGAGACAGGCAAAAGAAAAAAGGAAAGAAAGAAUGAAAACAAAGAAAGAAACAAAGUAGAGAGAGAGGCAAAAUAUACCGACUGAGUCUGACUGUCAAGCACUUGGACACGAAGAUCAGAGGCAGGCAGGGCUGCUGCUGCUGGUUUCCAAAAGCAUUCGCCUUUUUCGCUUUACGAUUAGGGUUCAUCGCUCCCAUUUUUGGCCAUCGGACGAUUCCACCGUCGACUUUGUGGAGGGUUUAUUACUAAAUUUCACCUCUCAAUUCCUCCUAAGGGUUUAGGAUUCGAGGGCUUUUGAGGAUAACAAUGAUUGACAAAUCCAAGAAGGGGAAGAAGAGACCGAUCACCGAAGAGAACGCAGCCGCUUUGUUGGAGAGGUACCCAUUAUCGACGGUGCUGGCUUUGCUGCGAGAGGUGGCGCAUGUGGCUGGAGAAAAAAUUGAUUGGGAUAAAGUGGUGAAGAAUACCGCCACCGGAAUUUCCGGUGCGAGGGAGUGCCAAAUGCUUUGGCGACAUCUUGCGUAUGGGGAAACCCUAACCGAUCAAAGCGUGGUUGCUGCUGCGAAUUCCUUGGAUGAUGACAGUGAUUUGGAAUAUGAAGUAGAGGCCGUUCCUGCCGUUCCUCGCGAAGCGUUGACGGAGGCUGCUGCGUGUGUUAAAGUUUUAAUUGAUUCAGGUUGUUUGGAUAACAAUCCGACCUCUAAUCUUGAAGCGCCAUUGACAAUUAAUGUACCGAGCAGCAGAGCACAAGCUGGUCCUUCAGAUGGUUCAGUUCUCUUCGACUCUACGCAGGGAAAAAAUGUUCGCAUCUCAGUACCAGUUCAAAUACAACCAUUAUCAUCUGGAAUAAGCAGUGAAAAGAGGCCCAAUAAUGGGGCAUCAGGAGCAGAUGCGGCUUCACGAAAAAGGAGAAGGGUUUGGUCUGCAGAGGAGGAUACAAAACUCACUGCUGCUGUGAAAAAAUAUGGGGAACGAAAUUGGGCUAGUAUUGCCAGGGGAGAUUUCGAAAACAAUAGAAAGCCGUCAGAGCUAUCUCAGAGAUGGUCCAGCCUGAGGAAAAAACAAGGCAAUGCAAAUGCAGGAACCAGUUCAAAAUUUUCUGAAACUCAACUAGCAGCUGCUCAUCGGGCCGUGUCCUUAGCCCUAAAUAUGCCGCUGGGUGGUGAAAAUUUGAAGACAGAUCACCAUUUUGGAAGGACCGGGCCUCUGAAACCUCCGGCGCCAACUGUGAGACCGCCAAACCCUAUUUCCACCCCCGACUCUAUGGUCAAAGCUGCUGCAGUUGCUGCCGGGGCGCGCAUCGCUACCUCUGCUGAUGCACCUUCUAUAAUCGAUGCUUCCCGGCUUCAGAAUGUUGUCCGUAUCACAACUGGUGCAAGCUCUGCGGUCAAAUCCCCCCCUCCGCCCCUUUCGAGCCAACUGCCUAGCAAUGUGCAUUUUAUCCGGAAUGGCCUUGCAAGAGCGCCAAUCUCCACUUACACUGCGCCUAAACCGAACACUACUUUACCUGUUGAAGCCCCGCAAGCUCAAUACCAACGCAGUAUAAAAGCUGCAACACCAGCAGCACCACAGCCUAGCCCUUUGAAGACUCCUGGAGUGGAAAAUGCAACGGCGUCCAUUCCAUCUCCUGCUGCUGCCGUGCCCCCCAAAGUUGCUGCGGCUUCUACCUCAGCCAAUGAGUCGAAAAAGAUUGUCCAAGAAACUAACCAAGCUGAGAUCUGUAAAUCUGCCUCGAUGAAUCAGGGUAAAGCUUCUGCUCCCGUUACCCGUCCAACUCAGGAAGCUCAAAUGGCUCCGGCUGUAUUGCAAGCAGAAGACACUGGUAAAAAAAUUCCUGAUAAGCAGCAAAGACAUGAGGAUUCCAGUUCGGCUAUGGAUGUGAUCAAGGAAAAUGUCAAAACUGAGUGAUUUGGAACACACAACAGGCUGCAAGAAAGGUUCCAUUAACUAAUUCUGAAACUUUUUUUUCUGACUAAUCUCUGCUAAAUAGCAGGUUUUUAUUUUUGUGUUCUUGUCUGACCAAAUGUCUAAAUACAGAGUUGCUGAUUACUA